AUGAGCAAUAGCGGUAAUGGUAGCACGAACACUAGCAGUAGUGGUAGCACGAGCAAUAGCAGUAGCGGUAGCAGGAGUAUUAGUAGUAGUGGAGACACUGGCAAUAGUAGUAGAGGUAGCAUGAGCGUGUGCUCCGAACGCAAACCUCAGGCUCAUUAUUAUAUGACUGUAGCCUCAGCCAGCUAUGUCAAUGGAUCUCUUAGAGGGAAUCACAGGACGAGCUUUAUUGGCCCUGAAGGAGAGGAUCGUCAAGCAGCGUCCUUUGCCUCGGGCGCAGCGAAGGAAGCGGCGUCCGGAGGUGUCCCAAGACAGAUUACCAUGGGUUUUUAG